UCAAUCAAUUCCACUAUCCCAUCUCCUCGUGGUCUGCUUUUCGUGUGUCCCCCCCGCCCAUCCUGCUUAGAGAAGGGUGUUUUUGUUUUUUUAAUAUCAGAUUUGUUCACAAUGAUGGCAACACGGCUUUCUCGCGCCCUCCCCAGGGCCGCAGUAGCUUCCCGCUCGGCGGGCAUGUUCCGCAGGACCCCGGCGUUCGCUAGGUUCGAGUCCACGGAUGAGAAGGUUAAGGGUGCCGUUAUCGGUAUCGAUCUUGGCACAACCAACUCGGCCGUCGCUGUCAUGGAAGGCAAGGCCCCGAGGAUCAUUGAGAACGCCGAGGGUGCUCGCACAACACCUUCAGUCGUCGCCUUCGCCGAGGAUGGCGAGCGCCUCGUCGGUGUCGCUGCCAAGCGCCAGGCCGUUGUGAACCCCGAGAACACUCUCUUUGCCACUAAGCGGUUAAUUGGCCGCAAGUUCACCGAUGCCGAGGUGCAGCGUGACAUCAAGGAAGUUCCAUACAAGAUCAUUCAGCACACCAACGGCGAUGCCUGGGUUGAGGCUCGCGGCCAGAAGUACUCGCCUUCUCAGAUUGGUGGUUUCAUCCUCCAGAAGAUGAAGGAGACCGCCGAGUCCUACCUCAGCAAGCCGGUCAAGAACGCCGUUGUCACUGUUCCUGCCUACUUCAACGACAGCCAAAGGCAGGCCACCAAGGAUGCCGGUCAGAUUGCCGGCCUGAACGUCCUCCGUGUCGUCAACGAGCCCACCGCUGCCGCGCUCGCCUACGGUCUGGAGAAGGAAGCUGACCGCGUCGUCGCCGUCUACGAUCUCGGUGGUGGUACCUUCGAUAUCUCGAUCCUCGAGAUUCAGAACGGCGUCUUUGAGGUCAAGUCGACCAACGGUGACACCCACCUUGGUGGUGAGGACUUUGACAUUCAGCUUGUCCGCCACUUCGUGCAGCAGUUCAAGAAGGAGUCCGGCAUUGAUCUCUCCAACGACCGCAUGGCCAUUCAGCGUAUUCGUGAGGCUGCCGAGAAGGCCAAGAUUGAGCUGUCGUCGUCGCUCCAGACCGACAUCAACCUUCCCUUCAUCACCGCCGAUGCUUCGGGCCCCAAGCACAUCAACCAGAAGCUCACUCGCGCUCAGCUCGAGUCCAUGGUUGAGCCUCUCAUCAGCCGCACUGUCGAGCCUGUUCGCAAGGCCCUGAAGGAUGCCAACCUUCAGGCUAAGGACAUCCAGGAAGUCAUCCUCGUUGGUGGCAUGACCCGUAUGCCUAAGGUUUCCGAGUCUGUCAAGAGCAUCUUCGGCCGUGAGCCUGCCAAGGCCGUCAACCCGGAUGAGGCUGUCGCCAUUGGUGCUGCCGUUCAGGGUGCUGUCCUCUCCGGUGAGGUCAAGGACCUGCUGCUCCUCGAUGUUACUCCCCUCUCUCUCGGUAUUGAGACCCUCGGCGGUGUCUUCACCCGUCUGAUCAACCGCAACACUACCAUUCCUACCAAGAAGUCGCAGGUCUUCUCAACUGCGGCCGACUUCCAGACGGCCGUCGAGAUCAAGGUCUAUCAGGGUGAGCGUGAGCUUGUCCGGGACAACAAGCUCCUCGGCAACUUCCAGCUCGUCGGUAUCCCUCCUGCGCACCGUGGCGUUCCCCAGAUCGAGGUCACCUUCGACAUUGAUGCCGAUUCGAUCGUUCACGUCCACGCCAAGGACAAGUCCACCGGCAAGGACCAGUCCAUCACCAUUGCUUCGGGCUCUGGCCUGUCCGAGGCCGAGAUCCAGAGGAUGGUUGAGGAGUCGGAGAAGUAUGCUGAGCAGGACAAGGAGCGCAAGGCUGUUAUUGAGGCUGCCAACCGCGCCGACAGCGUCGUCAACGACACCGAGAAGGCUCUGAACGAGUUUGCCGACAAGCUCGACAAGACCGAGGCUGACCAGAUCCGCGAGAAGAUGACUGCUCUUCGCGAGUUCGUUGCCAAGGCUCAGUCUGGCGAGGUCACGGCCACUUCUGCUGAGAUCAAGGAGAAGAUGGACGAGCUCCAGGUCGCCAGCUUGAACCUCUUUGACAAGCUGCACAAGGCCCGCGCCGAGUCUGGCGAGCAGAGCCAGAGCACCGAGGGCGAGAAGAAGGACGAGCCCAAGGCUUAAAACUUCUCGCUCUCAAUGUGGGAUCUUCCCCAAUAACCUUGUAUUUUCUCCCAUGUGUCUGACUUGGUUGGAGCGGUCUCCAGUGUAUAUUCUGUGUACUCAUAUACUGUGUUAAAGGGUUUUUGCGGUCCUCCAGUUGUUUAAUAUGCAGACGGCGGACGGCGUUCAAUGAGCAUCAAAACUGGUGCGUUUCAUGGGCAGGGGUCAUUUCAUGAAUUUUCGAUGAUGGGCAGGAAUGGGAUGGGGGCUGGAUAAAGAGGUGCAUACGUGCGUCUGUAAAUGUCUACACGAUCACAAGAAGAAUAUAAUCCAAAUCCCCCCUCAGAAGUAGUGGUCUCUAUGUUUCCUGCCCACAACUCACAUCUACGCGGCCGGCCCUGCGGAAAGGAUGUACCAUC